GAGUAAUCUUCGAUGACCAGCUGUCCUUCAGCGAUGACAUUGCAAAAACAACAAGGUCAUGCCGAUUUGCAUUACAUCAGGAAGAUCAGACCCUACCUUACUGAGCACACAGCGCAACUACUUGUCCAGGCCCUUGUAAUCUCUAGGCUGGACGUCAACGCCCUGCUUGUAUGCCUGCUGAGGCAAACAGUGAUGUAACCAUUACCGGUUCUACGAUAAACAGCGAUAAAAACGUCCAAUGAGACGUGGGCUUGCAGAAAUGUAACUUACAUUUGAAGAACAGGAGGAAGAAAACCUGUUGAUGGGCGUGUGGUUCGCUGUUUACUGUAUGUUUACAAGUGAGAGCUUUUCACAACACACACACGUCACACAACAUCAGAAAACAUAAGUUUGGUCUAAAAAGUUUGUAUCUCAUAUAAGCGAGCACUGCAGGGGCCAGUUGUUCAAAAAGUUAAAUCUGAAUCAUAAUGGUCUGGAUUUGAAAUCCCCAUGUUUUGCUAUCCAGGAUCAGAUAAUCCAUUUGACUUUUGUGGCGGAUUUUCAAAUGAAAACUGGAACUGUAAAUGUAAUAAAUCACUAGUAAUUAUCUUUCCUCACUAAUCAAUGAGUUACCUGGACACCUGUGCCCGGUUGCAUAAAGCACCUUAAGUUUUUCCCUUAAGUUAUACACUUAAGGGGUGAUUUCCCCUUAUCUAAGGGAAUACCUUAAGGCCAUUGCAUAAAAUCCCUUAAAGGUUUCCCUUACCCUAAGGGAAGUGUUUAAGUGUUUCACGACAUCGGCGCAGGUUUGCCGUUAUAAAAUUAUGUCGUUGCCAUAGAUACGCUUCUGUUUACACAAACGCAGGCAGAGGUUUCACGGGAGUUGGAGGACAAAACCCAUUGAGAAAUGGAUAAAGAAAACAAAAAAAGGAAGCCAAAUUGGACAGAGGAGGAGAAAUGUAUUCUUCUAGAUGAAUAUGGGAAAAGAAAGGCCAUUUUAAAAAGCAAACUAAAUCCCAACGUAACUGCGUCAAAAAAACAAAAGCAAUGGGAUGAAAUAACGGAAAAAAUAAACGCACGAAAUCUCGAUGUGAAGAGGACGGUUCAGGAGGUCAUAAAAAAAUACGAAAACAUCUCUGUGGUAGCUAAAAAAGAGCUGAGUCUUUAUAAGAGGGAAUCCAACAAAACGGGUGGAGGACCACCGCCGGCCGACUUGUCGGACUGUACCAAAAUUGUGCAAGACAUCCUUGGGGCGGACUCACCUAUCCUAGCUGGCAUUCCUGGUGGAGUAGAGAGCGAAGUUGAGCCAGUGCAACAAUGUAUCACAGAACCUUUACAGCCGUCUGAGGAACAGCAGAUACAGCACCGCCAGAGCGCCAGCAGAGCACCUGCCCAGGCAACAGCAAUAAGACCGCAAACAGUUCCAACAAGAGAAGAAGUGUUGGAACUACAGAGAGAGGUUCUGCAGCUACAAAAAGAAAAACUGCAGCUAGAGAUUGAGAAAAUAAGGAAGGAGAAGGACAAUCAGGAACUCUAUCAAAUUAUUCUAAACAACCAACUUUUGCAGCUUCAGAGAGAAGGGAAAAUAACAAUCACACCAUUUGAGGAAUAAAUACUUUUUGUAUGGCAGAUCUGAAAAGUAUUGUGUUUUUAAUGUUAUAAUAGUAAUAAUAACAACAACAAUAAUAUAAAAAAAAUU